AUGAAGAGAGAGCUGGAGAGCGCCAUGACUCUGUGUGCUCCUGGACCCCACACCUUUCUCCUCGUCAUCCAGCUUGGGCGUUUCACAGAGCAAGAGAGGGGUGUGAUGGAAAAGCUGAAUGAAUUGUUGCAUUCAAAUGUAAAUCUGUACACUUUGGUGCUCUUUACAUAUGGAGACAAGCUUAAGAGUAAAACAAUAGAUCAGUUUGUCCAAGAGGACAAGAUUCUACUGAAACUCAUUGACAGUUGUUCAGGAUUGUACCAUGUCUUAGAUAAUACCGACAAUGAAAGUAAAGCACAAGUCUCUGAGCUCUUGGAUAAGAUUGACAUGUAUGAACAACAGAGUCCAUAUGAAGAGAUCAGGAUUGUUCUGUUAGGGAAGACUGGUGUUGGAAAAAGUGCCGCUGGAAACACCCUUCUGGGAGAAGAGGCCUUCGAAUCCAAAAUAUCGGCAUCAUCUGUGACGCAGGAUUGCUGGAAGGUCACCAGAAAAGUAAAUGGGAAGAAAGUUGCUAUUAUUGACACCCCAGGCCUUUUUGACCCAAGUCUUAUCCUAGAGGAGGCAGUCAAUCGGAUCAAACUGUGUGUCCCUCUCUCUGCCCCUGGCCCACAUGCCUUCCUGCUUGUGGUUCAGCCAGGAAGGUUCACCCAGGAAGACAGACAAGCUGUCGAGAUCUUUCUGAAGAUCUUCGGGGAAGGUGCCAGAAACUACAGUGUGGUUCUGUUCACCCACGGAGACAAGCUUGGGAAGAAAAAUAUUCAAGAAUUUGUUAGUGAGUGCCCAGAUCUGGUGAGAGUCCUUAAGCAGAUCAACAACCAACACCACGUUUUCAACAAUGAGUCCAAGGAGGCCACUCAGGUGGAUGAACUCCUGAAGAAGAUCAGCCUGAUGGUGGCCAGGAACGGAGGGAGAUGGUACACAAACCAAAUGCUGGAGAUGGCCGAGCGGGCCAUAGAGGAGGAAACCCGCCGGCUCCUGAAGGAACGCGAAGAUCAGAGCGGUAGACUGAGGGAGUCUCUGAGGCAGGAAGCUUUGCUCGAAGCCCAAAAGGACCUGUUGUGUCUGCGAGAGAAAGAGGCUCGAGAGCAGGCCGAGAAGAAUAACAAAUAUAUCACCAUCAUUGCUCAGAUCUUGUGGGAAAUCUUUGAAAAAUUCAUCAUAAAGAAAUUAGAAAAUAAAUCUUGA